UUUAUCAAUAAUAGUGUAUUUCUGUAAUAGUAUAAUAUAAUAUUUGUAUAAAUGAGAUGACAAAGGAAAUAUUUUCUAGUUACAAAAAUAAGUAGAGUGACAUUUGUUUUUAGAAUAUUAUAACAUCUAUGGCCAUAUUGCAUUUUUUAUGAAAAGAUUUGUCAAAUAAUUACUACAUCUAUUAAAGUUCAAUAUACAUAUAAAAAAUUAUGCAAAAUAUUAAUUUAACAUUAAUUUAAAACAGUAUGUUUCUAUAUUAUUAAUUAAAAUGUAUUAUCAAGAAGUAUAAAAUCAUGUCACAGCACCAAGACCGUGAUGAACAAGAAGCUCUUAAACAAGAUGAAUUUUUUAAAGAAACAUUAAUAAGUGUAAAGCCUUUUAUAUUAAAACUAACAUCUGUGACAGAUGCCCAAUUAUGCAAAGUUUGGCUUGACAAACUAAAUCUCUCUUCUUCUCAACGCAGUCUUAGAAAUGAGUAUCUUCUAGAAUUGUAUCAGCAAUUAAAAAGAGGUCAUGUAGGAGGUGUAUUUAGUGAACCUCCACCUUUAGGUUCUCUCAUACCAUUACCUAAAUCAUAUCGCAUGGUUUACAUUAGUUCAUCCUUAAGUGAUCUGUCAGAUUUUAGUACAACGUCAUAUCACAAAUGUGAGCGAACCAAUGACUAUAAAACAUAUUCACAAAAUACUACAUCGAGAAUACAAGAUACAAGUUCUACAAGUACAAGUCAAUGUUUAUCUACAUUUAAACCAUCUUCAUCAGUUCAAUUUUAUAAUGAUAACAGAAUAGAUAGAGGUCAGCUUAGAAUACCUAGGCAUGAUACUGAUUCACUGAUUGCUACCAUUAAAGAAUUACAAAUGCAAAAUAAAUCUUUACAUCAAGAAUUAUUAGAAUACCAAGAAAUUAAUACAAUAAAUGAAAAUUUGCAUACUAAUAUAAGGCAACUAACUUCUGAAGUUACUGCACUGAAAGCUAAGUGAGUGUAAAUAUUAUUAGAGACACAAAAAAUAAAAAAUGUUCUAGAAUUUACUCAUAAAGAAAAUGUUCAACAGUACAAAAAUAAAGUUGCUGAACAGUUUUCUAAACUAAAAUUUCAGUUACAUGAGGCAGAAUGUAAAAAUGAAAAUUU